UUUCUUUCCCCAAGUUUUCCUGAGCAGCCGCCCGGCGCGUAUAGAAGGCGACUUGACACUGAGCCUGUCCACAACAGCCUCCUUAUCUCCAUGCUCAGCGAAAUCUUUCUCCAGCAUUGUCUCAUUUAAACCCCACACCCCCUCGAAUCGAAGCACGUGGCUUUAAUGUGGAGAGAUCGAGUUUGAAACGGCAGAGUUGAACAUUCAUCUUAUCGCUUCUUAAUUUGCCCUUUUUGGAGAGUCGAGUCGAGUCGCGUCGCUUCGGGUUUCUCGCGAGUUAAAUGCACCCCUGGCGGCUGCGGUGAACCGGUUUGCCAAGUCGAUGCUGAAUAUGACGGAGGAAAGCGGGCAGGCAGCGGCCGACACGGGCUGCAGCCCCGGGUGCAGCGGCUCCGACAGCGAGUCGGUUGGGUCGCCGGGGUCGGUGUCUGAGGGCGAGACCCAGGCGGAGGACGGCUGCCGCUCGCUGCCCGCCGCCGUGGCCAACAAGAAGCUGGACGGCGAGGAGGACGAGCGCUUCCCCGCCUGCAUCCGAGAGGCGGUCAGUCAAGUGCUGAAGGGCUACGACUGGACUCUGGUGCCGAUGCCGGUGAGGAUAAACGGCACGUCCAAGAACAAGCCCCACGUGAAGAGACCCAUGAACGCCUUCAUGGUGUGGGCUCAAGCUGCUCGCCGCAAACUCGCCGACCAGUACCCGCACCUCCACAACGCCGAACUCAGCAAAACCCUGGGCAAACUCUGGCGCUUGCUGAGCGAGAGCGAGAAGCGUCCCUUUGUGGAAGAGGCGGAGCGCUUGCGGGUGCAGCACAAGAAGGACCAUCCCGACUACAAGUAUCAGCCCCGCCGCAGGAAGAGCGUGAAGAACGGCCCGGCCGACUCGGAGCAGGGCGCCGAUCAGAACCACCUGGCCGUCGGGCAGAUGUUCAAGGAGGGCCUGACGGCGGCGAGGGUGACCUCCGACGGUCAACACCCGCCCGAGCACGCAGGCCACGCGCAAGGGCCCCCAACUCCGCCCACCACUCCCAAAACCGACCUCCACGCAGGCAAGCAUGAGCUGAAGAGGGAGGGGCGCUCCAUGCCGGAGAACGGCCGCCAGAACAUUGACUUCAGCAACGUGGACAUCAGCGAGCUGAGCAGUGAGGUCAUCAACAACAUAGAGACCUUCGACGUCCACGAGUUUGACCAAUACCUACCACUGAAUGGCCACGGUGUGCCUCUCCCCUCCGACCACAGCCACGGACCGAACAUGAGCGGCUCCUACAGCGCUUCCUAUCUAACCAGCAGCAGCACCGCCCAAGCCAUCUGGAACCAUAAGAGCAUCUCAUCCUCCUCGUCCUCCUCAUCGGUCUCCAGCGAACCAAGCCAACAAAGGCUGCACAUUAAGACCGAACAACUGAGCCCAACUCACUACAACGACCAACAUCACGGCUCAUCGCCACAAACCGAUUAUAGUUCCUACAGCAGCCAGGGAUGCAGUCCCAUCAGUGCCAGUGCUGCUGCCUUCCCUGGCUCCCAAUGUGACUAUUCUGACAUCCAAGGCCCCAAUUACUACAACCCUUACUCCGGAUACCCUUCAACCAUCUACCAGUACCCUUAUUUUCAUUCAUCUCGCCGUCCUUAUGCAUCACCCCUUCUGAAUAGCCUCUCCAUUCCUCCAGCCCACAGCCCGACUAACUGGGACCAACCUGUCUACACAACCCUGACUAGGCCAUAGGAAGAGGUAAUUUCCCAGGAUACACAUUGGGAGGGAGGGUGGGAGGGAGGGGGGGAGGGGGGGGGUGCAGGUUUAGGAGAUGCAUGAUCUCAAGAACCCUUGAGACUUAAUCAGUCUUCCAUGGCAUUAUGCACUAAUGAAAGACUGAAUGAGUGGAGCACUGUACCAUUCCAUUUUAAGUGCCUGCUGAUCCAAAUGAUGCCAAUUCUGACCAGUGACAACCAUCAGUGACUUAGUUUUUUGUUUGAAAAAGGCAAAAACUUUGGUCUGAAGUGAUUACCAGCACGAAGACGGAGAGAAAUGAAAACCUCUGAGAUCCUCUGUGAGGACAAACUACAUUCGAAUGAAAUAGGUCAGACUCCGCAAAUCUUUAUUCUUUUCCCUAGUUUGUUUUAUUUUCUAAGUUUAUGAAAAGAGGUUAUGUAAGCGUUGAGGAUAUCUAAAUUUUUGAAACGUGUUGUUUCUGAACUGUAGUUGUUGAAGUGUGUAUUUAUCUUAUGUAUUUUUACCUUUUUUACUUGGAACAAUUCAAGCAAAAAAAAAUUAGUCUUUUUCUUGUGCGAUCAAGAAUUCAUGUGAUAAUGGAAAGGGUGUCUUGAAGGAAAAUGAAUCAGUUGACUUAUUUCCCAUGGGUUUGGGAGGUAGUUUUUUUGAAUGACAUGCCAAUUUUUUUUUUCUAAAUCAGAGUGAAAACCAUAUUUUACUAAACAUAUUACACGCUUUGAAAUCAUGUCUUUGUCACAGUUUCUGGAUAAAAUGGCAAAUUUUUCCAACAGAGAAGUUUCAAAAGUUUGUUCCUUGGCAACUUGGACUAUUGGGGACCACAUAUUUUAGCCAACAAGCUGUGAAUCUUUUAAUUCUCCACCACAAUAAAGCCGAACCCAUAUUAACAAAUGCUGUCGAUGAAUAGGGUAGUCUAAUACUGUCUUUUGUUCUCCAGUUUCAAUUGUAUGCUGAGCAUAUAAACUUGUUUUCCAUUUAAAUGCUAAUUUGUGCCUUAAUGUUUGCAAGAGUAAAAAGAUUUAUGUUAAUUUUUACUUCUAUUUUUGGAAAAAAAUGUUUGUUUUGAAAAAGAUAUUCUUGGCAAAUCCUUUUUGCAAACUGUUUACUGUAUAAAGUUUGAGAAAUCAAUUGUAACUUAACCAUUCUGUUUGUACUAGUCCUCUCUUAGAGGAAUGCAGAAUAAUUUCUGACUAAGCAAUGUUAACUUUUGUACAGAUAAAAUGUCAAGAUUAAAAACAAAGCUUUUUACUGUA